UGACCAUGGCAGCCCCAAGCUCCAAGCAGAAGAGCAUUUGGAGCACAGUGGAGCCAUUGGAUUUACUCAGUAUAUGGGGAGAGUAGGCUGUGCAGUCCCAGCUGCACUUCAGUCGUAGGAAUUUUGAUACCUCCAGGCAGAUUGCUCGAGGCUUACGUGAAAUGGGCUCUGACCGCGACACGGUGCCGUGCAGAACAAAGAUAAAGGAGCUGAGGCAGGCAUACCAGAAGGCAAGGGAGGCAAACCAUCUCUCCGGUGUUGCACAGAGGACCUGCUGGUUCUAUAAGGAGUUGGACACUAUCCUUGUCAGUGACUCCACCUCCACUGCCAAGAGCCCCAUGGAUAAUUCAGCGGGACUGGAGGAGGCAGAGGUUGGACCUAACCCAGAAGAUAAAGUCUUUGAUGAAGAGGUGGAGUUAGACGAUGAUUUGGAGCCCACAGCAGGGUCACCAAAUGAGGGAGGCAGACAGGAACUGUUCACCACUCCAGCAGUGUCCAGCCAGUCUCAGCAGUUUCUCUCUGGCGAGCAAGAAGCAAGAGAGGAGACCCCUGCAGACAGACGCCAGAAGAGAACAUCCUCUUCACGGGUAAAGCAGCAGCAGCCGCAGCUUGGAAGAACAGUGGAGAAGUUGGUCAGAUCUGCAGGAAGAGACACUGUUGUUCCUCAGGCUGAGAAAGCAGCACACAGGCACGUCUCUACCAAUCUGCUCCAACUAAUCCCUCCACCACUCAGUACAGCUACACCUAACACAGUGAAUGCAGCUGGAGUGCAUGCCGAUAAUUCCCAGUGGCUAUUGCUGCUUCAAGCCAGAUAUUUCAACUAAAAAUGGAAAGCUGGAUACAGAAAGAACAAACCGACGCCCCAGGGGAUGUCGGCCGCUACACUGGGGAAUCAGAACUGAGAAUCAUCCUUGUUGGUAAAACUGGAGCUGGGAAAAGUGCAACAGGAAACACCAUCCUUGGCAAGAAAGUGUUUGAGUCCAGACUUGCAGCAAAGUCUGUAACAGCAAAAUGCAGUAAGGAGACAAGCAUCUGGAAUGAGAGGAAGGUGGUGGUGGUUGAUACUCCUGGCAUUUUUGACACACAUGUACCAAUGGAAGAAACUUGUCGAGAGAUCAGUCGCUGUAUUGUAGUCUCCUCCCCAGGGCCCCAUGCUAUCGUUCUAGUGGUGCCACUGAGCCGUUACACUGAGGAGGAAAAAAAAGCAGUCAAACGAAUAAAAGAUAUUUUUGGAGCUGAGUCCAUGAGGUACAUGAUCCUGUUAUUCACUCGGAAAGAUGAUUUAGAAGGUACCAAAUUAGAAGAGUUCAUAAAAGGCUCUGAUGCCCAAGGCCUUUGUGAGCUGGUAGGAAAAUUUGGAAAACAAUACUGUGCAUUCAACAACAGAGCAACUGGAGAAGAACGGGAUGCCCAGGUUAAUGAGCUGCUGGGGAUGGUAGAUAAGAUGGUGCGGGAGAACAGAGGCACAUGUUACACAAAUGAGAUGUAUAAAUAUGCUGAGAAGAAGCUUCAAGAGAAAACAGAGGAGCUGAAGAAAAACUAUGCAGAGCAGCUGGAAAGAGAGAAAGAGAAAAUAAAACAUGAUUAUGAGGAGCAAAUAAAACGACUCAAGGAAGAAUUAAAAAGAAGGGAUGAAGCACAAAAGCAGUAUCAAGAUGAAAAGGAGAAGAUAAUGUGGCACAAAGAAGUAGCAGAAAAGGAGUUGGUUUUGCAACAACAAAAAUUGAGACUUUUAGGAGAAAAAGAGAGAGAUUGUGCUGUAAAACAAGCAGGAGCCAGGGAAGAAGCUGAAAGUGGUGUAAUAUGGGAAAUGGUUUUGGGUGCUUUUACAUUUGCUUUUGAAGUAAUUAAGGUUUGGUUUAUUGAUGGCUGAGCUACAUUUAACUUCUCAAUCCUGUUAUGCUGAGUCUAUAAAAGUCGCAAAUGAAGUUUCACUGCUUGUUAAACCUACGGACCCCAACGUUCUGCAUUUUAGGACCAAAUUAAGCCCUGGUGUAGCUCCACUGAAGCCAGUAGAGCUACACAAGGAAUGAAAUGGGCCCUUAAUUGCUAAGAUACCUUCUCACUUGUGCUAGUGAAUCUGACAUGCUUUGAUAAUCUAUUCCAAGGGCUAACUGCUAUCACUGUUAUAAUGCACGAAUUCAAUGUGUGCAAUAUAAUUACAUGACUUAGUAUAAACAUAAACAAUAUACAUACAUGACAGAGGUAUAUAUAUUGCCAUGUACACAUCUGCUAUGCAGCUAUGCACUGCUGGGCUCCUGCUCCAGGAACACUUUAGGAAGCUAAUAACACAAUAUUUGACUUGUAGAUUCCUUGGUAGAUAAACAGAAAAUUUGGGAAAUAGAACCAGGAGACCCAAUCUGAGAAUCAUAGAGGUGAAGAACAGCCUGGAAAGGAAUGACCACCCUGUUUUUGUACAUUAGUUUCUAAUCACGAAGGAGAAUGAGGAAGAGGUAUUUGAAUAGAAAGGAUCAGACACUGUGAGUUUAGUUAUAACCUUUACAAGAGUCCAAGAAAGAGAAUUUGUGCUGGGAAAAGCUAUAAACGUGUAAACCGCUAUUCCACGGUGAGCAGAUACUUGUUUGCUUAGACCAGAACCUAGUGCAAGUGCCGAGGGGAAUAAAUAUAGAUGCCUGCUUACCAGAGAGGGACUUAAUCCAAGUGUGUGGUACCCUGCAAAAGUCACUCCUUCGUAUGAUGGGAGAAAGAGUUUCUUCACUACUCCACACGACCUGAAGGAGUUUUUUGGCAGCCCAUCCAGCAUCACAGGCUCAGAGUGAGGCUAUGUCUAUAUUAUGAGCUGGGGUGCGAUUCCCAGCUUGUGCAGACAUACUCGCGCUAGCUCUGAGCUGGUACACUAAAAAUAGUACUGUAGCCAUGACAACAGGAGCAGCGGCAUACGCUAGCCUCCCUGAGUAUAAACCCGCCUGAACCCCGGGGGUGGGGGGUGCACUCAGGGAGGUUAGCCUGUGCCGCCGCUGCCCAUGCAAUUGUGACUAUUUUUAGCACACUAGCUGCACGAGAGCUAGCAUGAGUCUGCCUGUGCAAACUGGGCAUCACACCCCUAGCUCCACAGGGUAGCCAUAGCCCAAGACUUCCUCUUCAGUGCUGGGCCCAGGGGGAGGGCAGAGACCAGUAUGUGAACUCCCCUUACAUACAUUCCUUUAGACAUGAGUGUCUGGGACUCAUUGUUUUCCCUCACUAUUAUUACAGGUGGUGGUUGACUCCAAUUUGCAUAAUGUAUUUAUAUGGAAAUACUUGACAAGGUCUUGUUAGUUUGUUUUUUAAAGCAGAAAAAAUGGAAAGCUGUUACUCUUUUCUGCAGUGAAGUACUCAAUAGCAUAGAAUUGAAUCAUUUAAAUCAGAGCAAAUUUCAUUCAUUUCUAGGUUUGGUUCCCUUUUU